AUGAGGUUGAGCUGGUCGAGCCACGAGUCGAGGCACGCCCGGUGGAACACGUGUCGGCAGGCUAACGUGCGCACCUCGUCGCCUUCCCGGAGCCGGUCCAGGCACACCACGCAGUCCCGGUCCUCGCCGGAUUCGGGCCGGUACCGGUGGGAUCCGGCCCGGUUCUGUGUCAGCCUCUUGCAGAGCCCCGCGAUUCGGGCCAGGCCCGACCUGACGGCAUCGCAGGGGGAGGCCCGGGUGCGGCGGCGGUCGGGGUCGAUGGCGUGGCGGAAGGCGCGCAGUAGUAGUAGCAGCAGCAGCAACAGUAGGUAA